AUGCCGCCACCCGUGGCCGACUUGUCGGAUGACGAAUCCACCGGAGAGUCUAUCCCUUAUGACGAGGUUGAAGAUAAGAAGAACGGAGUUGGGGAAUCCAAUGAUGUGGACGACGACGAAGAGGAGGAACUUUACGUAGUCGAGAAGAUCCUGGGCCAUACAUUCAAGGGAAAUAAACUACUGUUCCAAGUGAAAUGGCAAGGCUACGAAGACCCCAGCGACCAGACUAUGGAGCCAGAGGAGAAUCUUGAUGGCGCACAGGAUGUUCUUGAAGAGUACUUCAAGUUUAUCGGAGGACGACCGGAAAAGCCACAGCCCAAAAAGCGCAAAUCCACGGGGCGACCACCUAAAGCGGAACAGGAAGAGAAGCCAGAGCCAAAGAGACGGAGAAGGUCACGAGCGCCGGACAACGAAGAAAUGGAUGUGGACGAAGGAAAACAAAAAGAACCAGAAAAGGAAAAGGAAGGCCAAGCGCCGGACUGGAUGCCCAAGUCCAAGAACUGGGAGAAAGAGGUCAAGGCUGUUGAUACCAUCGUUCGCGAGGGUGAUGGUCUGGUAGCAUACCUGCACUGGAACAAUGAUAAGAAGUCGAAGGUUUCCAUUGAGACAUGUUACGAAAAGUGUCCGCGCAAGAUGCUUAAAUUCUACGAACAACACCUGGUUUUCAAAGAUAUAGACGCAUAA